AUGGCGGCGUACGGUCCCCCUCAGAUGCUGCUGCUGCUGUUACCGUCCGUGUGUCUCUGCGGCUUCGGCACCGUCCUCGGCCUGAAGGCCGCCAGCGGCCCGGCCGAGCCGCCCAACCCGCCCGUCCUCAGAGCCGCUGACCCGCCGGCCAAGGAUGCACCUGCGGCGGCCGCGGCCGCUGCCGCCGCCGCCGCUGGGGCCUCGCAGCCUCGAAGGGCGACCGGCUGGAAGCUGUCGGAGGAGGAGGCCUGCCGGGAGGACCUGAGCCGCCUCUGCCCCAAACACACCUGGACCAACAACCUGGCCGUGCUGGAGUGUCUGCAGGAACGCAGAGAGGAAACUGAGAUUGCUCCUGACUGUAACCAUCUUCUGUGGAACUACAAACUCAAUCUGACCACGGAUCCGAAGUUUGAGUCGGUGGCCACGGAGGUCUGCAAGACCACCAUCGCGGAGAUAAAGGAGUGCAACGAGGAGGAGCGAGGGAGGGGCUACCUGGUGUCCUGCCUGGUGGAUCACCGCGGCAACAUCAGCGAGUACCAGUGCAACCAGUACGUCACCAAGAUGACCAGCAUCAUCUUCAGCGACUACCGACUGAUCUGUGGCUUCAUGGACAAAUGUAAAGAAGACAUCAACAACCUGCACUGUGGCAGCAUCAACGUAGGACACAAGGACGUGCACUCGCAGGGUGAAGUGAUCGCCUGUCUGGAGAAGGCGUUGGUGAGGGAGGCAGAGCAGCAGGAUCACGUUCGUCCGAUCAAGGAGGAGUGUCAGAAGGCGAUCCUGCGGGUGGCGGAGCUGUCGUCAGACGACUUCCACCUCGACCGACACCUUUACUUCUCCUGCCGAGGCGACCGAGAGAGAUUCUGCCAGAACACUCAGGCAGGAGAAGGAAAAGUCUACAAGUGUCUGUUCAAUCACAAGUUUGAAGAGGCCAUGUCGGAAAAGUGCCGUGACGCUCUCACAACCCGUCAGAAGCUGAUCUCUCAGGACUACCGAGUCAGUUACUCUCUGGCCAAGGCCUGCAAGCUGGACCUGAGGAAGCAGCGCUGCAGCCUGGACACCAACCUGCCGCGAGCCCGCGAGGCCCGGCUGUCCUACCUGCUGCUGUGCCUGGAAGCCGCCGUCCACCGCGGUCGUCCGGUCAGCGGGGAGUGUCAGGGGGAGAUGCUGGACUACCGGCGGAUGCUGAUGGAGGAUUUCUCCCUGAGCCCGGAGAUCGUGCUUCACUGCCGGACGGAGAUCGAGGCCCACUGCUCCGGCCUGCACCGCAAAGGACGCACGCUGCACUGCCUGAUGAGAAUCGGACGCGGCGACCGCAGCGCCGCCGUCGACAGCGUCUGCCAGAGCGCCCUGCAGACUCUGAUCCAGUCCGCGGACCCCGGAGCCGACUACCGGAUCGACCGUGCACUCAACGAGGCCUGCGAGUCCGUGAUCCAGACCGCCUGCAAACACAUCCGCACCGGAGACCCAAUGAUCCUGUCGUGCCUGAUGGAGCAUCUGUACACGGAGAAGAUGGUGGAGGACUGUGAGCACAGACUGCUGGAGCUGCAGUACUUCAUAUCCAGAGACUGGAAACUGGACCCCAUCCUGUAUAAGAAGUGUCAGGGUGACGCCGCCCGGCUCUGCCACACCCACGGCUGGAACGAGACCAGUGAGCUGAUGCCGCCGGGCGCCGUCUUCUCCUGCCUCUACCGCCACGCCUACCGCACCGAGGAGCAGGGACGCCGGGUAAACCCAGCCGAGCAGUUAUCUCGGGACUGUAAGGUGGAGGUUCAGAGGAUUCUCCACCAGAGGGCGCUGGAUGUGAAGUUGGACCCCGAGCUCCAGAAACGCUGCAUGACCGACCUCGGCAAGUGGUGCAGCGAGAAGACCGACACUGGACAGGAGCUGGAGUGUCUGCAGGAUCACUUGGAGGACCUGGUUUCCGCCUGCAGGGACGUGGUGGGCAACCUGACAGAGCUGGAGUCAGAGGACAUCCAGAUUGACGCUCUGCUCAUCAGAGCCUGUGAGCCCGUCAUCCAGGCCCACUGCCACGACGUGGCUGAUAACCAGAUCGAUACAGGAGAUCUGAUGGAGUGUCUGGUGCAGAAUAAACACCAGAAGGAGAUGAACGACAAGUGUUCGGUCGGCGUUACACACUUCCAGCUGAUUCAAAUGAAGGAUUUCCGGUUCUCCUAUAAAUUCAAGAUGUCCUGCAAGGAGGACGUUCUGCGCUUGUGUCCAAACAUCAAGAAAAAGGUGGAUGUCGUCAUCUGUCUGAGCACCACGGUGAGGAACGACACGCUGCAGGACGCGAGGGAGCAGCGGGUUUCUCUGAAAUGUCGUAAACAGCUGCGAGUGGAGGAGCUGGAAAUGUCCGAGGAUAUUCGCUUGGAACCAGAGUUGUACGAUCCCUGUAAAUCUGACAUCAGCCGGCUUUGUCCCAACGUGAACUUUGGCAACGCUCAGAUGAUCGAGUGUCUGAAGGAGCAGAAGAAGCAGCUCAGUCAGCGCUGCCACCAGCGGAUCUUCAGGCUGCAGGAGGUGGAGAUGACCGACCCCGAGCUCGACUACCAGUUGAUGCGAGUCUGCAAGCAGAUGAUCAAGCGGUUCUGUACCGAGGCCGACGCCAGAAAAGUCCUGCAGUGUCUGAAACAGAACAAAAACAGCGAGCUGAUGGAUCCCAAGUGUAAACAGAUGAUCACCAAGAGACAGAUCACACAGAACACAGACUACAGGUUGAACCCGGUGCUGAGGAAAGCUUGUCGAGCCGACAUCCCAAAGUUCUGCCAGUCCAUCCUGAACAAGGCGAGCGAGGACAGCGAGCUGGAGGGCCAGGUCAUCGCCUGCCUCAAACUCAAAUACGCGGACCAGAGGUUGUCUCCAGACUGUGAAGACCAGAUCAGAGUGAUUCUCCAGGAGUCGGCGCUGGACUACAGACUGGACCCACAGCUGCAGAUGCACUGCUCAGAUGAGAUCUCCAGGUUGUGUGUGGAGGAGGCAGCAGCUCAGGAGCAGACCGGUCAGGUGGAAGAGUGUCUGAAAGUCAACCUGCUGAAAAUCAAACAGGAGGCCUGUAAAAAGGAAGUCCUGAACAUGCUGAAGGAGAGUAAGGCGGACAUCUUUGUGGACCCGGUCCUUCACACGGCCUGCGCUCUGGACCUCAAACACCACUGUGCUGCCAUCACGCCCGGCAGAGGACGACAAAUGUCGUGUCUGAUGGAGGCGUUACAGGACAAGAGAGUUCGUCUGCAGCCUGAGUGUAAGAAAAGACUUCAAGACCGCAUCGACAUGUGGAGCUACGCUGCAAAGGUGGCGCCAGCAGAGGGCUUCUCAGACCUGGCCGUGCAGGUGAUGACGUCGCCCUCCAAGAACUACAUCCUGUUAAUGAUCGCACUGAGCGUGUGCGUCCUCUUCCUGGUGGGGCUGCUCUGCGGUCGGAUCACCAAGCGAGUGACGAGAGAACUGAAGGACCGGUAGAGGACGAGUGCUCUGACGCCUCGGAAAAGACUGACUCCACCCACCUUCAUGUACCUUCCUUCCUUCCUUCCUUCCUUCCUUCCUUCCUUCCUUCCUCCUCCUCAGAUGCCCGGUGUGUAAUCAGCUAACCUGCACAGUGCCAAUACCAGUGCCCACAACUGGACCUCCUCCUCGGUUUAAAACUCUGUCUGGCUCUAUUUGGAUCAAACGCAAAACGUUUUCGGACUCUCACAAAAAAUCUUGAAUCUCCAUUUGGGCUUUUCCAAACGACAACAGGGCACUGAUGGUCUGAUUGGAGCGAUUUUUUUUUUCCUUUGAUGACCCCCCCCCCAACAAGUCUGCUGUUCCCGAGGAUGUCGUCUGGGGUCGGAUGUGAAAUCGUCCAGCAUCUUUUAAGUUCAUAAAUAAGCGCUAUUCAUGAUGUGACGGAGGGCUGCUUCUGAGGUCCCGAUGCUUUUUGUGGUAUUUAAUGGAGACUGGAGCAAGUGGGGCAACAGGAAACCGCUUCUUUCUAAGUGACUGCGGCUGCCUGGAUCGCAGACUGAGCAACUUGAAAUCUCGUGGCAAACUUUGGGGGUUGAAUUCUGAGAUGUUCCUGUUGCAUUGAAAAACAUCUUCUCAUCAAUCACCAAGUCCCGUCCUCUUCGCUCCUGUACAGGAUCAUGUCCAACUCACCGGGGUACGACUCUACAUUUGGACCGGUUCAGACCCACUUCUCUCACUACUGAAAACCCCCCCCCAGACUGAAAAUGAAGGUCAAGCUGGGUUCCAUUAUCAGGAAUGUUGUGUGCACAUUUUUUUUUAAACUUCAUUUAAAUGCUUUUUAAAUCAUUGCACUUUUUUUUUUUUUUUAAUGCCGUAUUUAUUGUCGAUUAACGACUGAUUCUGAUUUCAGAUAAGAUUCAGAUUAGUUUUGUUCAGGGUCGAACGUUUCUCUAGUCAGCUUUUCCUGCUGAGGUGAUUCAGUGAAGUCCACAGUGAGACAGACAUCGCGAGGCUCGAAAGUUCAGGUUACAGCACUGGAAGCUAAAAGGGUAGUCCUACCUUAAGUUUUGGACUGUAAUAUUUUUACCGUGACCCGUGUAGUCCCCAUCCCCGUUCGCUUUUUGCCUUUAAUGAGCUAAACCGGUCGCAGAACAUGGAAAGGCUUGAUUUGACUUGGUUUUCUUUGUUGUGUGAGCUUGAUUAAUAUCUAUAUAGCAUUUAAACAGGAGACUCGUGUAAAAACAGCUGGUUCGCUAUGAACAGUUUUUGUUUUGUU